UCUGUCUGCGCCCCGUUGGCGCUGGUCAGCUGCCGGGCGGAGGCGAGAGCGUAGCCCGCUAGGUCAAGAUCAUGACUGACCGGGAGAGGCUUCCUGGGCAGCAGGGGCAGCGAGGCUUGGUAUGAAAGAAGCUGGGCAGAUGCAAAAUCUGGAGAGCGCGGGGACCGGGCGGUCAGUCAGCACCCAGACUGGCAGCAUGACCGGUCAAACACCAAGGCUUUCUAAAGUCAACCUUUUUACUCUGCUCAGUCUCUGGAUGGAGCUCUUCCCAGGAGUAGAAGGCCAAAGGGAAAAAUCUCAGAAAAAUGAAGAGGAAAAGCGUGGACCUUUGGGAGAUCAUGAAGAGGUGAAUAGAGUAUCUGCUGAUAAAAAACAGGUGAAGAAAACUGGUCUUGUGGUGGUGAAAAACAUGAAAAUCGUUGGUCUGCAUUGUUCUAGUGAAGACUUACAUGCUGGGCAAAUUGCUCUUAUCAAACAUGGGUCAGCGCUGAAAAACUGUGAUCUUUAUUUUUCCAGAAAACCAUGUUCUGCUUGUUUGAAGAUGAUUGUAAAUGCUGGAGUUAAUCGGAUUUCUUAUUGGCCUGCUGAUCCAGAAAUAAGUUUGCUUAGUGAAGCAUCUAGUUCUGAAGAUGCAAAAUUAGAUGCGAAAGCUGUGGAAAGACUGAAGUCUAACAGUCGGGCCCAUGUGUGUGUCUUACUCCAACCUUUAGUGUGUUGUAUGGUGCAGUUUGUAGAGGAGACUUCUUACAAAUGUGACUUUAUUCAAAAAAUUACAAAAACAAUGCCAGAUGCUAACAUUGACUUUUAUUCUGAAUGUAAACAAGAAAGAAUAAAAGAAUAUGAAAUGGUAUUUUUGGUUUCAAGUGAAGAAAUGCAUAAGCAAAUUCUGAUGACUAUAGGUCUGGAGAACCUCUGUGAAAACCCAUACUUUAGCAAUCUAAGGCAAACCAUGAAAGACCUUAUCCUACUUUUGGCCACAGUAGCUUCCAGUGUGCCCAACUUUAAACACUUCGGAUUUUACUGUAGCAAUCCAGAACAGAUUAAUGAAACUCGCAAUCGAAGUUUGCCACAAGAAAUUGCAAGGCACUGCAUGGUUCAGGCCAGGUUAUUGGCGUAUCGAACUGAGGAUCACAAAACAGGAGUUGGAGCUGUGAUUUGGGCAGAAAGGAAAUCUAAAAGUUGUGAUGGAACUGGCGCAAUGUACUUUGUAGGAUGUGGCUAUAAUGCCUUUCCUGUUGGAUCCGAGUAUGCUGACUUCCCACACAUGGAUGACAAGCAGAAAGACAGAGAGAUAAGGAAAUUCCGAUACAUCGUACAUGCGGAACAGAAUGCUUUGACAUUUAGGUGUCAAGAAAUAAAACCAGAAGAAAGAAGUAUGAUUUUUGUAACCAAGUGCCCUUGUGAUGAAUGUGUACCUUUAAUUAAAGGUGCAGGCAUAAAACAAAUCUAUGCAGGGGAUGUAGAUGUUGGUAAAAAGAAGGCAGACAUUUCUUAUAUGAAGUUUGCGGAACUGCAGGGUGUUAGCAAAUUUACGUGGCAGAUGAAUCCAUUUGAAGCUUAUAGUCUUGAACAAAAUGAGCCUGAAAAGAAAGAAAAUGGUGUGUUGAGACCCAGACCUGGGAAGGAAGAGUGCCACCCCAGCAAGAAGCUAUGCCUGGAAAGCCACUCAGAAGGCCAAGCUGCUCUGCAGUGACUGCCUGGGAAACUUACCAUGCUUCCAACGGCUCUUGACAAAAGAAGGGUGUAUUUCAUGAGUAAUACCAGAGUUGGGGUUUUUUGUUGUUGUUGUUGUUUUUUAAGGAAGUUAAUUUAUUAUUUGGCAAUGAAAAGUAGGAAUCAGAAUACUUUUCUUUUUUGUGUUUUCGAUUUGUGUAUUCCCAGAAUAUAAGCAAUAUGUACUUAACAAUUUUAUGACACCAGUGUGUUCACCAGCAUGGACUGAUUUCUGUUUAUCUUUAUUUUUUACAGCUGAUUUGAAAAGGGAAUUCGCUCACAGAAAGUCACCCCUCAACCAGGAAUAGUCAUCUUUUGAGAAAUCUUAAUUUCAAGAGUGACAGUAUGCUUCUCUAACAAUCCACUUGUCUUUUAAGAAUCUGUGUCAGUAGAUCAUAUUCCCACCCACUCUUUCCAGUCAUCAGAAUUUGCCUACUUAGGAUUGAGUCAUAAAGUUUGGGAUUCAGUCUCCAUUUUAAGACUAUACUUUUAAAAUGCUAAUACCUUGUAGCUCAGUGGUGUUAGAGGCAUAAGGCACAGG